AUGGCAUCAAAUAUUCUGGCUAGUGAUCAACUGAACUUCAUUCGUAUGGUUAUAGCAAGUGUGGAUGAGAUCAAAGUAGUUCUAGCGGACAUUUUAAGAUGUGAGUUGAAACCUGUAGACUUGCCUAAAUCCAUAAUCUCGUGCUCAGAAUUGAUGAUCGGGAGACAUAAACUGAGGCCAGAACAACUGAAACUCUGUUGUCCCUCUCCCCCUGCUGUACCAAACUAUAGACAGUUUGAUGUUUCUUUGUUAUAUACACUCAUACGAAACCUGUGUCCACAAUUAAAACCAAAACAAGAUUGGGGAAAACCAUUGGCAAGCACUGAUAUUGAAAUCGGACAUGAUAUCGAGCGCCUCAGGGAAUUUAGAAACACGAUGUUUGCGCACUCGGAGUCUUCCAGUGUAGAUGACAUGGUGUUUACUACAAAAUGGCAGGAUUUAGAACAGAUAUUCAAGAGGAUACAAUCGUUUCUUAAAACAAAAGGAAUCUCAGUUGACUACGGGAAGAAACUGAAAGAUAUUGCAAAGAGUGACUUUGGUUUCGAGGAUAUGGAAAAAUACAAAACUUUUUUACAAGGCAUUUUACAUAUAGAAAGGGAAAAGUAUAAAUACU